AUGGCUGACGCUGCUUUUCCGCUGGAAUCUGCAACCCCUCUGUGGAUCAGCAUAUGCGGCAAGAUGGCGCCCAUCUCCUCGAUCAUGCUAUAUCUUGCGCCAAUACCUACAGUCCAAGAAUUCUCAAGACGGCGGCUUGUGGGAGAUCUACCACUGCUGCCGUAUACAUCUAUGCUGUCCAAUUCCUUUGCCUGGGUGAUCUACGGGCUACUAGUAUCGGAACCCAAACUGUGGACCGCCAAUGGUGUGGGCCUUGGGCUGAGCCUCUACUACUUUCUCUCCUUUGCUCGCUUUUCUCCCGAGGGCGCUGCCUCCUUGCCCGGGACACUGGAACAACACAUACAGGGUUUCGUCUCCAUUCUGGCAUUUGUUUUAUGGAUGGCCAAAUCCAAAAAGGCGGGACCGAUUGGCAAGUUGGGUGUCGCCAUCAACUUGGCCAUGUACGCCAGUCCCUUGGCCGCCAUUCAGGCCGUGCUGGAAACCAAGUCGACCGAAGCCAUUCCGCUUCCACUGACACUGGCGUCGCUGGUGAGCUGCGUCUUUUGGACCAUUACGGGCUAUCUGGAAAUGCACGAUCCUUACGUGUGGAUCCCGACAGUAUUUGGAAUUGUCUUUGGCAUUAUGCAGGUGGGCCUGAAAAUUGCGUUCCACACCGAACGAGCCGCAAUCCACAAUCUAUCACCCGAUAUUCAUUCACAGCAAGCGGUGCUGAACCAGCUUUCCUAG